AUGGCUUCCACUACCUACCAGACCGCUUCGGACAUCCCAUCAUCAUCACCGCCACCCGUUUCCCCUGUCACAGUCUUAGCUUCGUCACGGGCUGUAGUGGAUGGCCGCUUAACUGAGGCCACCAUUGUCAUCAGCACUGCCACCGGGAAAAUCUCCAGUAUCUUCCACUCCGUCUUACCUCCGACCUAUUUCCCCGCCGGCACUCCAUAUGUCGACCACUCUCCGCACAUCCUCAUCCCCGGCCUUGUCGAUGCUCACGUCCAUCUUAAUGAGCCCGGCCGCACGGAAUGGGAAGGAUUCUGGCAUGGCACUCGCGCCGCGGCCUUCGGUGGUGUCACCACUGUCGUCGACAUGCCGCUCAACGCUAUCCCGCCCACUACGACCGUGGAUGGCUUCCGGGAAAAGAUCGAUGCCGCGCAGGGGAAGUGCUGGGUCGAUGUUGGGUUUUAUGGAGGUAUCAUCCCUGGCAAUGAGAAGGAACUUAUUCCACUCGUGAAGGCCGGAGUUCGAGGCUUCAAAGGCUUCUUAAUAGACAGUGGUGUCCCCGAAUUCCCCGCCGUCUCGGCCGAAGACAUCUCAAAAGCCUUCCAGGAGCUAGCCGACCAACCCACCACCGCCAUGUUCCACGCCGAGAUGAUUCCCCCAGUCACCGCCUCCGUCGGCGACGACGUACAACAAUCCCUCCCGCCCCUCGCCCCCACCGGCUCCCUCACUGCCUACCGCACCUUCCUCGACUCCCGCCCCCCCUCCUUCGAAACCUACGCAAUCGAACAGAUCGUCUCCCUCGCCCACCUCGCCCCCAACCUCCCCCUCCACAUCGUCCACCUCUCCGCCACCCAAGCCAUCCCAAUCCUCCGCGCCGCCCGCGCCGACGGCAUCAACAUCACCGCCGAAACUUGUUUCCACUACCUCAGCCUCGCUGCCGAAGAGAUCGCUGAUGGUGACACUCGUCAUAAGUGUUGUCCGCCCAUCCGCGAGCAGGCGAACCAGGACGUCCUGUGGGAUGAGCUACAGAGGAGCGCCGCGGAAGGCGUCAUCAAGACCGUCGUCUCGGACCACUCGCCCUGUACACCCAACCUAAAGAUCCUGCCGCCAAACGUGGCCGGCGGGUCCGCGUGCGUGGUGUCAGGGUGUUGCGGCAACGACAGCGACGCGAGCGAUAGCGCGUCAGGGUGCGUGUCCGGCAGUGAGAGUCCGUCCCCGGCCAGUUCCGAGGACGCAGACGCCGUGACGGAGGUAGCGGUGGUGCGGGAGGGCAACGCAAGCGCGGAGGUGGCGGAUCGCGGCGACUUUUUCGCGGCGUGGGGCGGGAUUAGUAGCGUGGGGCUGGGUCUUCCGAUCCUGUGGACGGAGGCGCAGAAGCGGGGCGGGGACGUCGGGAUUGAGGAUGUGGUGGAGUGGUGUUGUCGGAACACGGCGAAGCAGGUGGGAUUGUUGGGGAAGAAGGGGGAUCUGGCGGUUGGAUAUGACGGGGACGUCGCAGUGUUUGACGAUUGUGGAGAAUUCACGGUCGAGCAUUCUACGAUGCUUUUCAGGAAUAAAUGCUCACCUUACGAAGGGUUGAAGUUGAAGGGCGUCGUGAAGGAGACUUGGCUCCGAGGGCGAAAAAUCCAUUCGAGGACCGAAGGGUUUGGAGAAAAUGUGAAGCCAGUGGGACGAACGUUGUUGGAACCCAGGACGUAUUAAGAGCAUUGCCCGGUUGAACUGGCGAAUGGUCAUCAACGAAUGAUUGGCAUGGCAUGAUGCGUUACAUAGCGAAGCACGCGUCUUUGAGAUACCAUGAUAUUUAAUAGCAAUAGAGACUUUUGAAUG